GAGUCGCACGGCAACCCUCGAUUUUCAACAGAUCACAUUUGCCCAUACCCAUUCAUCCAAAAACUUAAAUCACCCUCCCACCAAAAAAAAAUGCAUCCCAACCUCACCUCGACCCCCGGCCUCUCCCUGCACACAUCGUUCCAACCUCCUCAAGACCGCGUGUGCAGCGAUGGCUAUUCCACAACCAGUCCUCUCAGCUCCACUACCAACAGUCCCACUUCGUCGCCCACCUCCCCAUUCCGCCGCUUCAACCGUGGUUACCGCCCGACCUCCGGCUCCCGUUCCGACGCCAGCGACGCCGGCAGUCGUAGCCAGAGCCCCUUCCGUCUGUCAUCCGUUUUCCGUCGGCCCUCGCUCAUCUUCCUCCGCCAUCGCCCGUCCAAGGUCGAUCUAGCCCUGAGCGAGGAACGUACCCGGUGUGACGAAGACGCCAUCGAGCGACAAGGUCUCGACCUCAUGGAGCCCCGCCCUGUUGACCCGGUCGGGAUCCCGAUGGAUCUGAAUGCCAAUAUUUUCUCUUCUGUCGCGGGCGAUCGCUCAUCUGGCCAGAGUCAGGCCUCGCAAGUGUCCCAACCGCGGUUCGUCAUGGGCGGUAUAUUCGAGGUCAUGGAGGGGCGUGCUUGAACGUAUUCGCUCCCUUCUACUCUCUUUCUCCCCCUUUCUUUCUCACUUUUCUUCGGUCUUUUCUUUCUUAACCUUCCUGCCUCUUUACUCUCUUUCUUGACUCUACGUUUGCUAUUAUCGCUACCCGUGAAGCGACUUGGUAUAUUAAUUAGCGAUUAAGGGUGGCUGGCUAUCUGCUGCAUAUACGGACAAGGUGUUAUCAACUGGGUUGAUUGGUUGAUUUGGAGUUUUGGGUCAACGGUCAACGGUCAACGGCGUCUACCGAUUCGAUAUAGAACGGACGGAUGUGAUAUGGUAGUCUUUAUUAGAUGAGUGUCCA